UGGUGGAUGGAGGGAUGGAUGGACAGGCAGACGGGGGUGGUGGAUGGAGGGAUUGACGGACAGGCAGACGAAAGGGUAGAUGGACGGACAGAGCAGAAGGGGGUAGUGGGUGGAUGGAUUGAUGGACAGGCAGAUGGAGGGGUGGAUGGAGGGACGGACGGACAGGCAGACAGAGGCGUAGAUGGAUGGACGGACAGGCAGAUGGAUUUGUGCAGGGAUGACGGAGGAUGGACGGGCAGACAAGAGUGGGGUGGAGGGAUGGACAGGGCGAGAGAGGUGGUGGAUGGACGGACAGGCAGACGGGGGUGGUGGAUGGACGGACAGGCAGAUGGGGAUGGGGUGGAGGGAUGGACAGGCAGAGAGAGGUGGUGGAUGGACGGACAGGCAGACGGGGGUGGUGGAUGGACGGACAGGCAGACGGGGGUGGUGGAUGGAGGGAUGGAUGGACAGGCAGACGGGUUUGAUGGACGGACGGACAGGCAGACGGGGGUGGUGGAUGGACGGACAGGCAGACGGGGGUGGUGGAUGGAGGGAUGGAUGGACAGGCAGACGGGUUUGUGCGGGGAUGACAGAGGAUGGACAGAUGGACAGGCAGAUGGGGGUGAUGGAUGGACGGACAGGCAGACAGGGGUGGGUGACGGAUGGAUGGACAGGCAGAAGGGUUUCCAUCGGGAUGAACAGACAGGCAGACUGGGGUGGUGGAUGGACGGACAGGCAGACGGGGGUGACGGAUGGAUGGACAGGCAGAAGGGUUUCCAUCGGGAUGAACAGACAGGCAGACUGGGGUGGUGGAUGGACGGACAGGCAGACAGGGGUGACGGAUGGAUGGACAGGCAGAAGGGUUUCCAUCGGGAUGAACGGACAGGCAGACUGGGGUGGUGGAUGGACGGACAGGGCAGAGGGAGGGAUGGAGGGACAGGCAGACGGGGGUGAUGGAGGGACAGACAGGCAGACGGGUUUCUGUGGGGAUGGACGGACAGGCAG